AGAAGGGGAAGCUGGGUUUGAUAAGCCAGGAGCGCGGCCUUUAGAAGCGGCCGUUCGCAGCCCAGCCCUUGGGCUGCAACUGCGGGUCCCUUUCGGAUGUCUGCGUGCUUCCCCCAGGGCCUCCCAGGAGGCUGUUCUGUGCCCCCUCCCCCCGGGGGGGCGGGGCAAGGGGGCUCCCAGUCCCGCUCGGAGUGGGGGACCCUUGGCUGGGGUUCUGGAGUCCGGGGGCCUGGGCUCCGGUCACUCCUGCCAGGCCCGGGGGCCCGCUCCGGGGGGAGGGAGCCCGGCUCGCUGAACUCGCAAUGGCCGUUGCCCGUCCAAGCCGGCCAGAUUGCCAGACCCAGGCCCCUGCGGUCCACAAUGCCUACCGACGUGGAGCCCUCAGUUCUGGCCAAGACCCUCCACCUCGUCUUCCUCUCGACCUUCUGGGGGAUGCAGAUUUGGGUCACUUUCAUUUCAGGCUUCGUGAUGGGCGGGAACCUCCCGCACCACACGCUGGGCUUCAUCCAGAGCAGGCUUUUCCCGUAUUAUUUCCACAUCGGCUCGGCCUGCGCCUUCUUCAACCUGAUCAUCUUCGCCAUGUGCCACCCCCGGGAGCUGCUGAACGACGAAGAGACCACCCAGAUCAGAAAGAAAAGGCAGAAAUGUCCCCGGCUUCAAGCUUACACUCCAAAGGGGAGACAACAUGGGGAUGAUCAGCUCAUCGUUUUCUUCGUGUGCGUCAUUGUGUCCGCGCUGAACGCCCAGUGGUUCGGCCAGAUGACCUCCGACAUCAUGACCGACAUGCACCUCCUGGAGCAGAGCUACGGGCUGGGCCAGGACAUCGGCCUCUUCUCCCGCAAGUCCUACACACAGCUGCGCGAGUCCAAUCCCAAGUACCAGCAGCUGUCCGGCCAGCUCAACCGCUAUCGCCUCCUCUCCUCCCUCUGCAACGUGGGCUGCCUGGCCUGUAACGGCUUCAGCCUCUACCAUAUGGCCACUCACCUCUCCACCUUGUGACAGAGGGGGCUGGGCGGGGCCGGCACCGAGGUCAGCCCUUGGGGGGGAGGGGGACCAAGGCGGGGGAACAGCAAAUAGUGAGAGGGCUUGGGGUCAUGGAGCAAGGGAUUCAAGUCCUCCCUCUCUGACACUAGCCCUGUGUUCUAGGGCAACAGAUGGAUGAUGAAUGGAUGAACAAAUGGACAGAUGGAUGGAUGAAUGAACAAACAGAUGGAUGGAUGAAUAAAUGGACAGAUGAACGUGUAGGUGAG